AGAAUUAGGAACUGGACCAAAACUUUUGUCUCUCCAUCAAUGCAACUCUCAGAUCUUAAUUUUUCAUAAGUAAAAGAAAUAAAUAAAUAAACAAGUACAAGUCUGUUGAACUAUCAUCACCUUGACCAUUAUACAAUUUGAUUUUUUUUAUUCUAGUUCAUGUGCCUGAUCUGAUUCAUAUAGUAAUAAUAUCUCCUUGCUUGCUUGAAAGAUCAUCAUCAACAGAAGAAGGCUUUGUACCCUGAAGAGAAAAAAAAAGAUCAUUCAUCAAAGAUAAGUCACCAUGAUGAAGAAAAAGAAACACAGCAGAUCCCAAUCUUCUUCCAAGAAAACUAUUGAACCAUCCCCAGAUUCUUCACCUUCACCUUCACCUAGGCUCCUCUCCAUUUUUCGUUCUAAGUUGGUAAGUGGUAAAGACUUGAAGCAUAUGUUCAGAGGCAUGAAGACCAAAACUGCACCUGGACUGUCUUCUCAGUCUAGAAUCGUGAGAUGUCCCAAGUGCCACAAGCUUCUCCAAGAACCUAUAGAUGCCACUAUUUACAAAUGCAGUGGAUGCAACUCCAUUCUCCAAGCAAAACGUUGGGACCUGGAAAGCAAUGGCGACUCUAUUCCAGAGGCCCUCCUUUAUUCUCAAAACCGUAGUUUAAGUACACAGUUAGAAUCUGCAGAAGCGGGUAGUAAAACUCCAAUUAGAAGCACUCACCGGGAGUACAACUCGAGGGCAUCCCCUUCUGUUGAAAGGGGUUAUGAUUCGGAAACUGUUUACAAGCAUGAGACAUCUGAUGUCCACAGAGAAUGGAUGAGAAGGGCUGAUGAGUUCAGCGUGACCGGUGACUCUGAUGCUUAUGCUUCAGCAAGAAGCUCUCCUUAUAACUCACGCAGCAAUGCCUCGGAGUGGACACAGCAUGAGAGGAGAUAUCAUGUUCCUUUCUAUCCAGCUAGUCCUUCCCCUUCUUCUGCGUAUGAGUAUGGCUACAAUAGUCCCUUUCACGGGUCUCAAGCUUCUGCAUCCGAGAAGUCUUAUUAUCAUCAUCACCAACAAAACCAAUUCAAGCAAAAGGAGAGAGAAGGCUGGUUUCAAGAAUCUUCUGCUAGUGCUUCACCAAUUCGUUUCCCUGGUGAGACAUCUAAUAAAAACUACUAUCCCUCGUCUUCUCAGUAUCAUAAUCUCUACGAACCCAGGAGCUCUGUGUACUCUGAGCGUAGUUAUCAAGCGCCACUUCGUUCCACAUACUCUGAGCAUUCCAAGAGUGGGACAAGUCGUGAGAAGAGAUCUCAAAGGGACAAAAAGAAGGAUGUCAGAAAGAAGAAGCCGGUGGUGAAACGCUAUGUGCUUCCUUCAGCGGGUGGAGCGCCUUUUGCAACUUGUUCCUACUGCUUAGAACUUCUACAGCUUCCUCAGGUGUCUCUCCAUGGGAAACAUAAGGGAUAUCAAGUGAGAUGUGGCAGUUGUUCCGGUGUACUUAACUUCUUUGUUCGAGAGAAAGCAGAUACUGGUUUUGCUGAGGAGACUGUUAGUAAUCAUCAGGAUUCAGCUUCAGAAGGUCAUGAUGAAAGUCAUAUGUCCUGCUCAGACAAUGAUGAUGUGAUCUUGAGACGGAAUGUGGAAAGUUUUGAGGAUAAUGAGAGUAAAGAAGACACAAGGAGCAUGUCAAGCACGUUAUUAGAUUCGAAACUUGAGGCGUUGCAGCCUUCACUGAACCAGAAGUUGAGGGAACAACAAUCUGCAUCAAGUGAGAGUAUCGGAGACACUUCAAGAAAGCAUCUAGAGAAAUCUGAGGAAGCUUGUUCAGAGAAGUCAACCGAGAUGGAUAACAACAUUUCUGAGAGAGUCAGUUGUGAUCUAGAGGAGGUUGGAUUAUAUGAGAAGAAUGAAACUCUUAAAGUGAUGUUUGGAGAUGGAUCAGGUGAGUCCUUAGAGGUUCCAGUAUACAAGAAGGAAAGAAUGAGUGAUUCAAGUAUAGAAGCUGAGAGAGUUGCAGAUAAACCGGUAUCUCAUAGUGCGGAAACACGUGUACUGUCUGAGAAUACUGGAGACAAUCAAGAGUUUGGUUGGGAGGAGACUCAAGAGAAGGAAGAAUAUGGAGGUGAAGGUAAAUGGGAGGAUAGCAUGGGAGACAAAUCUCGGUACACUGGAGAUUCAAUCUGUGACAACAGCUCAAGCAAUGGUGAAGCAUAUGAAGAUACAAAGAUCAUAUCAGCUGCACCACAGAACGAGAACCAGAGGUUUAUAGGACAAUCAGGUGAGGAUACAGUAACAACAUCCAGGACUCAUGAGGAGCAGUCCAAGUAUGAGAACUCAAGUGAAAGACAAGAGUUGGAUACGACCAUUGGUGACAGUGUCAGGUAUAUUGUGUCAGAGGAAUCAAUAUAUGAUACUGGCAAAGUGAGCGAAGAUGGAUCUGCUGUUUCUCUCACGAAGGCGAGUGAGACUUUCAGCACAAGCAUAGAAGGCGAGAGAGGUGAAGAGAGAUCGGUAUCUCAUCAAAUGGAUCUUCUUCCAAACGAGAAUGUAGAAGAUUCCUAUGAAAGACUCGAGUAUGCAGGUGAAAGAACAUGGGAAGAAGAGACUAUGGAAGAUAGAGCUGGUUUGCAUUUGGAGGAAUAUGAGAAUUACAGCAAACCAUUUGAAUGGACUUCAGAAGUAGCUCCAACAUUUCAUAAUCAUAUGCAUGAGUCAAAGGUAGGGACGAUAAACGAACCAGAUGAGGAGGCUGAUGGAAGAUUGGAAUCCAGUUCAAGGGGUUCCUUCAGUGACCAUGAAAGUUCAGAAGAGAGUGCUGUAUUUCAGGAAUCUCAAGAUGCUAAAUCAGAUCAGUCUAAGUAUGUGUAUGAGCUACCAAGUGAAAAACAAGAGUUGAGCAAUGACACAGAAAGGCAUGAGAUACAUGAGGAGGAUAGAUAUGAGACAAAUGAAACGUUUGAGCCAGCCAAGAUGGUCGAAGAUGGAUCUGUUGUUUCUCUUGAGAAGACGGGUGAGACAAACAUAGGCGAGAGAGGUGAAGAGAGGUCGGUAUCUCAUCAUCAAAUGGAUACUGAAAACGAAGAUCUAGAGGCAAUGCAAGAUGGAGCUGAGUUCCAUUUGGAGGAUUAUCAUAACAAUCCACAUGAAUGGACUUCAGAAAGAGCUCCAACAUUUCGUCUGGAUGAGUAUGAGCUAGGAACAAUGUCUGCAUCGGAAGAGGAUGCGAAUGGAAGAUCAUCCAGUUCAACAGAUUCCACCAGUGACCAUGAAAGUUCAAAUGAGAAAGCUGUGGCUCAUGAGAAGCCUUCUCUGAUGGAUGAGAACAAAUUCGAAGAGCUAAAAGUUUCUCUAAUGGUGGGAGAUGGGCCAUCAUUGCACUUGGAUAAGUACGGAAAUGAUUCAACGAAACUGGAAGAUACAUUUGAAUGGACAGAAAGAGCUCCGACAUUUCGUCUGCAUGACUCUGAGCUAGGGACAAUGCUUGAACCAGAAGAGCAUGCUGAUGGAGGAUCGGAAUCCAGUUCAACUGGUUCCUUUAAUAACCAUGUCAGUUCAAAGUUGAGAGCUGACUUCCACGAGGAGGAGGAGGAGGAGGAGCUACAACUACACGAAGAGACAGAAGAUAGGGUGGCAUUGGACUUGAAGAAGGGUGAAAACGGAUCAAUAAAAUUGGAAGAGACAUUUGAAUGGACUUCAGAAAGAGCUCCAACGUUUCGUCUGCAUGACUCUGAGCUAGUGACAAGGCUUGAACCAGACGAGGAUGCUGAUGGACGAUCAGAAUCUAGUUCAAAAGAAAUAGAUAUAUAUCAUGAGGAGGAGCCCAGGCUGGUGAUUGACAGCAGAACCAAAGCGCAACAAGAAGGAGAAGUGGCAAAAGAUAUGGCAUCGCUGCACUUGGAGUGUGAAAAUGAACCAAUGAAACUGAAUGAGACAUUUGAGUGGACUUCAGAGAGAGCUUUAACGUUUCGUCACCGUCAAUAUGAGCUAGGGACAACGCUUGAACCGGACGAAGAUGCAUCAGAAUCUAGCUUAAGGGGAUCUUUUAAUGACCAUGGAGUUUCAAAAGAAGGAGCUGAGAUUCAGGAGGAUGAGCCUUGGCUGGUGGAUGAUUAUGAAGCCAAAGCGCUUAAAGCAAGCGUCAGAGCAGACGACGGACCAUCGCUGCACUUGGAGAAGUGUGAAAAUGAAAAAGUGGUAUUGAACCAGACACUUGAACCAAGGGAUGAUUUAUUCAAGCUCAGUCAUGAUGACACACUUGAGCAAGAGAGGAUAACGUUUCAUUUGGAGAAGUCUCAAGAAAAGCAAGUGAAUCUAAGGCAGACCUUUAAACAACAAGGCGACACUGAACACAACAUACCAGCAUCUGAAGGCCAUGAAUCCCCAUGCAAAAUGGCCGAAGUAGACAGUGAAGCUGAAGAGGAUAUGUUGGGAAACCAUUUAGAGCCAUUGCAGAUAGAGAAUGAGAGGUCAGGACUAACCUCUGAACCAUAUUCUCAUUUCUGUAACACAACGGAUCCCUCUGAGAUUGUGGGUCUGCGUCUUGCGUUAUAUGAAACCCAAACUUCACCUCUCAGUUCACCAAUGCACACACCCACUGGUUCCCCACUGCACAUCCUGAUGCGUUCUCCGAUUGCUUCACCAAUGCGUACCCACAUAGUUUCACCAAUGCGUUCUCCCAUCAACUCAUCAGGAUCACUCUCUGAUGUAUUGUUCUUCGGCAAGAAAGCUUGAGGGCAGUACUACAGAGAAUCAUUCCCCAUACUUUCAAGACUGUACCUGCAAUGCAAAACAGUGUGUACAUUGUUUCAUUUUUGUUUGCAAGUGUCUGGAUUAUAUGUACAGUUUUCAACAAGCUUUUUUUUUUUAUAUAGAGCUGUGCUCUUCAUUUACUUAAAAAUGAUACAUGGUUACAGAUUCCAUCUGAAGAAAGUAAAAGACAAAAAAUGAAAAAAAUGAUGAUUUACCAGGAGCUGUUACGAUUCAAUACAUAAACAUUCCAUUCAGAGAAAUCACACAUGCAGCACCUAACAAAGCUAACACAAUCGAAAUAACAAAGAUCAGUGAAAAAGGUCUGACUUUUCUAUAAAUAGAAAUCAGUAACUGCGGUAUAACUCAACAUAUAAAAAAGUCCAGAUCAUAUGAAUGAACAAUAAGAAAGCUGCUCUAAAUUGAUAUAUAUAUAUAUAUAUAUAUCCACUGAGACAUAACUAAGGCCAAUUUUAUUAUCAGUUUGGUGCAAGUUUGAGAGGAGAAGAAUAAAGUAAAUUUUGUUUAUGAAACCUGAACUGGAACAGAACACGUUUAAUCCACAUGAUAUUCUAAAAAUAUAGCUAAUGACUUCUCUCCUUUUAUUAUCUUCAAAGAGAAGGAAAACAGAACAAUCAACAUGAAACUUCCAUGAGUAGUGUAUACUAACUUAUUAUCUUACUCUGGGAAAAAAAAAGAGAGAGUAAAGUUUCAAUCUUUAAGCAAGUAUUUACAACCGUGACAUGUUACUUACUUACUUACUUGUCCCCUACUUCUAGUUUCUCGAGAAAUGUCUUCCUUAUCCAAUCAAAACGGAUGUAUCCAUAAAGAACUACGUGUCAGAAAAUUAAAGAAGAACCUGAGUUUUAGGACUAACCAGUUCAAAACACAAUGUGAUUCCCAAUUACUCGAUGUACAGUAGUGCUUAUUUUCUUACUUAAUUCCAAAAAUGUUACUUAAAAAGUUCGCAACUUUGAAUACGCCCAAAGACAUGUGUUCAUAAUCCCAUCCAAAAGAGUCAUGCCAUAGUCAUUCCACGCAGAUAUCUGGUUCUUGAGAUUGAGCAUCGUUGCAUUUUCUCCUGCCUUGCUAUAAUCAAAUUUUGACGAUUCGUUUGUCAUUUGUCUUUUACACUUUGUGCCAUGUUACAUAUAAACAACUGAACAACGUGCCGUUUUCAGACAGUAUACUUUUUUUUUUCCCCGGCCACCUUGUUUCUCAAGGAUAAUCCAAUUUUUUAUUCUAAUCUCAUGUAUUUUGCCAAAGUUUAAUUGGAAAAUUCAGGGAAGUCUCUUAAAAAAUCUACGCAAAUAUACAAACCAAGCAAAGAUCAUUCUGAUCGUUUAAAACAAACAUGAUUAGUCCAAACAAUAUCAUAUGAGACGUUACAUCUUCACGGGGUAAGGCCAAACUACUACUCAUUUGUAGGGUUUAGGAUUUGAUCAUCAAACAAAAAUCCAAAACCCAUUGUGUUUCCCGUUGUCUAAUUUACCUUCAAACUGUACAAUAAUCUAUGAUUACAAAGUGUAGUUUGGGAGUAUCUUCAACUUCCCUAAUUGCAACAAUGCCUACUUUACAAGUCUAGUUUGGGAGUAUUUAGAAUAUCUUCAACGUUCCCUAAUGCAUGCCCAGCAUUAAUUCGUUAUGUGCACUAAUUGAUGUUCAGAAAUCAGGACCAUGCUCACAUACAUAUAUGGUCGUACUUGUUUCUACGUGACUCGAAAGACUCCUAAAAUUCUCUUUUGGUCUUUAUGAGACCACAAUAUUUGCUAAGCAUUUGAAUGAAACUGAUAUUAAGCCACAUAAAGUCUAAGAUUGUGUUAUUAGAGAAGACAAUCAAAUUGGGGUUUAUAGCAAAAUUUGAUUAAUAUGCAUAUACUUAUAAUGAUAAUAUGUGAAUAUUAUUUUGCAUGCAGUUUUGAGGGAUCUUUCCUCUCUUAUGAUAUAUUGGAAAAUACUUUGUUUAUGAAAAUAAAAUAAAAUAUAAAGCUUCUUCUUUUUGUUCUUGCAUUAAAAUAAAGCUCUCAUGAACUAUUUCAAUUUCUGUCUUGUAUCAUUCUUUAGUCUUUUCUCAAUAAAUCUCUUAUGAGAUAAAUUUAUCUUGUUUUGAAUCUGUUUAAAACUGAAAGUGAAAUUCAGUAGUUUCCUUUGGGUUUCAUAACGAACUUACAAAUCUACAAAAAACACCUUUAUUAAUAGAUUUUACAACUUCAAAACAGUUAGAACGCAGAUAUAUAUGUAAUGAAUUUGACUUUUAGGAUUUGGGAGAGACAUGAACCUAAGAAGAUUGACUGUGUUUGAGGAAAGAGCUAGAGUCAAGGAAAUUAUGACUUAAGGUUGUGAAUUUUUAAAAGUAUUAACAAGCAAUCAAAUAUAUUUCCAUUGAAUUUCCUUAUUCAGUCUUUUCCUCACUUUUUAUCAUGUUCCCCGGCCUGAACAAAGAGAAAUAUUCUUAUUCCAAUGAGAACUUUCUCAUUGUAGACAUGAUAUAUGAAGCUUCCUCUUAUUUUCCUUGUUUAUAUUUCCCUUUUGAUCGCACCACAAACUCAUAUUGGUGAAAAAGAAAUGUGUGCGUUUAUACAAAUAUUGGUCCCAGCAUACGAUACCCACUACUCACCCCUUUCGUCAUAGUAAUUCUAUUUACACGUCACAAUAAACUGUACAUAUUUGAUUCUACGCACCGUUUCAGAGUAUGAGAUUGUUGAACAGUAUUGCCUAAACAGUUUUCGAUGAUUAACUAUUGGUUAAUCACAGUUUUGUUUUCUUUUACUUAACCAUGCGUGUUUUGUGUUUGUAUAGCGAGUACAUUUUAUGAGAAUUAAUGAAAAACAUUUACAACAAUCUCUUUUUCAAUAACAUUUAUUUUAAAAUAGAAAGGUGGUACUUUCUUGCGUCAUAACAAUUCAGCGUUUACAAAAUGUUACUUUGUAAAUUUUAUCAUGCAGAGGCGAUGGAAUUAAUGUAUAUAACUAACUUGGAAUUAAUGUGUUAAAAAAAAUUAACUUGGAACACACAUAAAUUAUACCAAUUUUUCAAUUUUUUACAGACAUCACAGUGAAAAUUAAUAGCAAAGAUGCAUAAUGAAACUAAACAACGACGCUAAAAUAUAACAAUGCUAACACUCUAAACAGCAAGGUUAAAACACAACAAUACUAACACUCCAAAAACUAGGCCUCGGUACAAAUCGGAUAUCCAGAAAAUUCGCAGUAUCCGUGAUCAUCUCCAUCACAAACGAAUAUUUAUAUCUGUAAUUCGUUUCGAUCUAAAAAUUCUAGAUAUCCGUAGUUGUUUUAAAUAUUCAGAAGUCCGAAUAUCCCUAUUUCUUUUAAACAUACAUGGAUUUUCGAUUCGAUCCGUCAAUUAUAUUUAAGUAUUUAUAACUUUAAAAUUAAAUAAAUAAACCGUCGUAAUAUCAAUUAAAAUAAUAAUAUCAUAUAAAAAAACUAACAUCUUUAAUAGAAAAUCUAAAUCAAAAACAAAAAAAAAA